AUGAGUUUAAGCCUUUCGCGUUUCACUUACGAGCUCAUAUACAAUGCGCUUCCGUUCCAAUCAAACAGGUCUACUUAUGCAGAUGUCGAAAGUGAUGUGCUGUUCGAAAACUGUCGCACUAUUCUUUUCAAUGUGGCCUCGGUACACGACAUAGAUCCAAUUGUGCAAGAAACGUUACGGCUUGUUGAUAUUAUUACCAAAAAAGAAGAUUCAGCGUCGCUGUCAACAAGCGUUUUGCACUCUUUAGUUGUUCUUCUUCGAUUAUUGAGUGAUGUGGCAGAGGCGGCAUGGAGAGAACAGGAACGUCGCAUAUGUGGCGAAAGCAAAAAGGAUGAUACCACAGAAGAUGAUGAUUUUAAUAUGAGCACAAAGCAUCGCGUUGGUUUCGCCACGCAACAACUCUGUUUCCACACGGUGCGACCUCGUGCUAUUGAAUCACAAACGGCAGUUCAGGUUUUAAAAACUGCCAUGAAACUGAAAUUUGAUAGCAAUAUUACCAAGGCUUUGGGGAACAUUUCGAGUGCGCAGGUUUCGAGUCCCUCACAGGGCGUGGAUCUCCCGAGUACUGGCAGAGAGUAUAAAUCGUCCGAUAGCGAAAGAUUAGUUGGCAUAAUUGAUGCGAAUUUCGAUUAUAUCUUACGUUUUAUUUCUGCAUCGAAUCCUCAGGAUUACCAGGAUUUCUUGGAUUCGGCGGUUAUCAAGCCGCUAGGUUCUGGACAUACGGCAAAUGAAGCCGAAAUUUUGCAUCAUUUGGAUCUCUUCUCUUACUAUUUUAUCACAUCACAAAAUCUGGCGAGUUUCCUUCAAAUGAUAUCUGCAGGAAUGAGCGGUUGGAAAAAAAGCAUAUAUCAAGAACUCACUAUCAUGUUUUCUUCGCAGGCAUUAACCAGCUGGAUUCUAUCACGACCAAUGGACUACCAAUCGCUGGUCGACAACACUCUUGCCUCGAAAAAUGGCACCGAAAACGUUACAAAAUUGGCAUCUUCGUUGUUUGACGAAAUAUACUCUUCCUUCAACGUGUCUUCCUUGCUUACAAUGACCGCCAACUCAAAUGCGGCAAUAACGGAAUAUAAAAAUUCGCCGUCUGCUUCUGAAGAGGGCACUCCUGUGUCGUCAUCCGGAAAACCUGGCUAUUUCUCACUGGAGCAUUUUGAGCCUCAUAAAGCACUUCCGCUUUCCAAGCAGGGAAGCCAAAAUACGAUAACUAGUUAUGCUCUUGGGUGGGAUUUUAUGAACUCUGCGGCUGUUACUGGCGUCCUAUAUGAUACGGAAGACCUUGCAACUGUUUCGAUUUUGCGAUUUCUCGCUGUAAUGCUGCUUUUCCAACUUCAUGUUUUUGAGGAAGUAAAUGAAAUAAGUUUCAAGCAUAUUCCUGACGAACCUUCCAGCCCAUCUCUCUCAGAAGAUGAUCUGGAAAGCGAUGAAAAUAAGAAACAGCAAUCAACAAUCCCAACCAAGAUGAGGAGUUAUUCCAACCAUAAGAAAUUGUCGACGUUCAAAAGACUCUCAACCUUUACUUCUUCGAAUAAAAAGAUUAAGUUUCUCACCACACUAAUCAAAAAUAUCAACGCGUCUCAAAUUGUAUCCGACACGUCAUUAUUGGACACUCUUAAAGUCAUUUUGAUACUCUUGCGACUUUCGUCGUCAAUUUAUCUGUGUGAUCCUUAUUCUCCGAUAGUUUUCUUUUCGAGGCGUCUCCUUUUUGUUCUAGGGGACUCGUUACAGCUCUGCGAAGAAUCCCAGGGUAAAAGAAAUCCUGUCCUUGCUCGCUGUCUUGCAAGAAAUCGUUCAACUCAUACUAAAUUGCAGGUUGCAUUUUUCCCUCCCGGGUUCAUUAUGGACACUGAUCAGUUUAUGGCCAAGAUUACUCAAUUUACGCGUGGCAAACAGUCUGACUUGAAACAUCUGAGGACGGUAACGGAAGGUUUUAAGCUCUUCUUCAGCAUACCUAAUGUUCCCUCAACUUGCCUCGAAGUUGUUUUAAAAACGACUGAUUUUUUGAAAGAAACUUUGAGAGAAAUGUCAGACAUCAUUUUGAAUUCUUCACCAGACUUUGGUGCUACUAAUGUCGAAUUUGUCAAUCAAGUGCUCGUCGGCGAAGCAUUAGGGGAUACAGAUACCUUCAAGAUAUCCAAAUCAACAAACCCUAUUUCGCUAUCCAAGACGAGCAGCACUUUACAGCAAUCAGCGUCAACCAAAAGUGGCUUGAAGUAUUCGCCUUCUUCUUCCUCCAUUUCUUCUAAUUCCAGCUCACACGGCGAAAGAAUGCCGUCUAGUGCUGUAAGACCAGAACUCAUAGCUCCGCGUGGGCGAAGAUCCUCUGGAUCAUUCGGCACAAUGUUUACAAAAGCAAAACCCAUUCCUUCGCCCGACGAUGAAAAGCAAUCAGCAAUGACGAAAUCUCACAUUGAGGGCUUACACAAGUCAAUGAAGUCUCCUCUCAAAUUUUCUCGUUCGCGUCAGUCUUCAAACGAAUCUCUCCCCCCAUUUUCAGCACAAUCACUCCCGGUGAGUAAUCGGUUUGAAGCGAAGACAACCUUAGUUUUGACCAAGAAAUCAGCUUACGUUGAAGAUGCACGUGUCGCUUUGGUAAACAUAAUGUCUGUUUACAAGAGGGUGAUAAAAUAUUAUUUUGUUUCAUAUGACGGCUAUAAUCGAGUUUCGGUCGGCGAGAACUUUGACCAAAUUAUAAGACCAAUAUUUGUUGGUCUGAUCGAUAGCCAUCCUGUUGUUCAAGAGGUGACGAAAUCUUUCACCGCAGUAAUUGCUUCCUACAUCGUGAAGGCCGAGCAUAAAGAUCAUUCAAACUGUAUCCACUAUGUGAUGUACCGGGGAUCAGCCUAUCUUGUGACCCUCCUGUCCUCAACGCUCUUCAACUUGAGCCUGGAGGAUAAGAAACGAGAAGAAUUGCUCGAGGUUAUGGCAAUUUUCCUAGAUAUUCGCAAGGAACUGUUUUCAAGUUUCGAAAAAGCAGAUUCGCUGGAAAAACUGCGACCAAUUGAAACGGAGACGUUCAAUACAUUUCAAGGUACAAUUGGAAGGGCUCUGUUUGCCUCGUUGUGCUCUCAUGAUACCAAAAUUCACAGGCUUCUUCGCACUUGCUUUAAGGCUCUCACUCAAGAACUGGACGCCCAUGAUUGCGUGAUGGGCUACUGCGACAAGGUCAACAGGUUUAACCGGCUGUUUUUCAAUGCAAUGUGUCGUGACAGUUACGUCUCAACGGGCGCCGUGGCUUUCCAACGUCGGCUGCGAUCAGACAUCUUAAAAUAUGUCAAGUUGCCGGAUAAGAUACUUUUCGAUACUCUCGACCUUGUGUAUAAGCGGUGGUAUGAACUAAGUGAGCGAGGUAACUUGAAUAAUAGUGAGGCUUCGAGCUUCAGAAAUUAUGCGGGGCUCAUUGCAGCCAGUUGUGGGGUAUUUUUGAUCUUGGACUCCCAUGUCGUCAAUGAAUACUCAUAUCUUCUGGAGUCCCGGUCCACAGUCAUUGAAUACAUCAACUAUUUCAUUGGGAAGCAGUGUUCGUGGCUUAACGAUGCUAAUCUUCUCACUCGAGAAAACUCGAAGGAUAUUUUAAGUGUGGAGCUGCAUCCUCUGGCAUUCAAAUUGCUAUUCGAGGCUCUUAAAACUAGAAUCGAUGCCUUAGAGCAGUUGGAUCUAUCUGCAUCAGAAAACGAUGCUGCAUUCCUUUUAUUGGAGCAAGUCAUAUUAAUAUUGAGAACUUUGCUGGAACGAGAUGAUGCAAGAGAGGAGUUAAUUCUCGUUUCUCUCGAACUUUUGUCUAUACUUGAACAACUCUUCAAGCUGGUCGAGUCGAUGUCGCAUAACUCCAUUCGGUUUUACAAAGCUAUAAUACACAUGUCAAAGAUGAUUAGAUCUUUUGAGCAUGCCGAAAAAAGCCUAUGCAUUUCGGGCCAUUUGCUAGUCAAGAACAAAUGGUUGAGAAUAGUGAUCUCUUGGUUUAAAUCCACGAUAUUCAAAGAUUAUGAUGUUGAAAAUCUUGGAAGGCCCCACCGUGAAAUGGAUCUGCAAAGGCGUGAUAUUGAUUAUCUCCAUGUUGAUACAUCGAUCGAAUCGUCCAAAGCACUUGCUUAUAUCACCCGAGAUCUCAUGCUAGAAGGUCCACUUUCUAUAUCUGAAAGUGAGUUGAAGCGAUCGAAAGCAGUAAUUUUUGGUAAUUAUUUUGGUACCCUCCUGAAAGGUUUAGAAAAGACGGCUUCGGUGGAAAAUUUUCCCACAACUUUGAGGCACAAGAUCAGUGUUCUCAAUGAAAAUAUUAUAACGACUCUCACAAACCUUCUGGAUGCUAAUGUCGAUGUUGGUUUCCAAUAUGCCCUCCCUAUAGGCUAUUCGAAAAACCAGAAUAUAAAACUGGCUUUCAUGAGGGUCUUUAUUAACAUCAUAUCCAAUUUCGAUAUUCACAAAACUAAAGCAAUGGAGAAAAAGAAUGAGUUGAUUGAGGUUUAUGUCUCUAAAGUCAUGAAAUACCCUUUUAUUUUGGCGAUUAUUGCAAGAGCGUGUCCUGCAAAUGAUAUCGAUGCUCUAGCAAGCAGUAUGCUAUCAGUCUUUCAAAUAAAAAACUGCUCUCACAUUGUCGUCGCUGAACUUGUGAAGGACGAAAUUCAAAGAGCGUCUCGCUACGCUGAGAUUUUGCGAAGAAAUAGUUGUGCAACGCGCGCGCUUUCGAUGUUUUCGCGCCUCAAGGGUACGGGAUAUCUGGUGAAAACUUUGAAGCCUAUAUUUACCGAAAUCAUUGACAAAAAUGAAUAUUUCGAGAUUGAAAAGCUAAAUUCCGACCAUCCCGAUGCCGAAAAAAAUGUGCAGCUUUUUGUCAAAUACCAAGCCAAGCUUAUUGGUGCAAUCACUAAUAUUACCGAUGACUUCCCCCCCGAGUUUUUUUUCAUUUGCCGAAUAAUUUACAGCUGUGUCGAGAAGAAAUUUGAGGGACAUGGAAAGCUUGCAGUUGGGUCGUUCAUAUUUUUGAGAUAUUUUUGUCCUGCCAUAGUCAGCCCUGACGCUGAAAAUAUUGUGGACAUAGUUGAUGCCAAGCAGAAAAGGACCUUCGUAUUACUCGCAAAAAUCACACAAAAUAUUGCAAACGGUUCCAUAAAUACGAUAAAGUGGCCUUUACUACAAUCGCAAGCAGAAUUUCUCAAGGAAUGUAGCUCAAAAGUCUCCAACUAUCUUUUGAGCCUUGCAUGUCCCGAUCGUUCAAUUAAAAUCAAAAUGCAACCUGCUAGAGGUGUGACUUUUGAAGAUUUUACAUUUCUUCACAAAUUCAUCUAUCAAUAUGGCCUUGUCGUUCGCCAACAGCUGAUAAAUCACAUUAAAACCGAGGAGGAUUUCGUGAUUUUCAAAGAACUAGCAAAGGAGACUGAUACCCUACUUUCAGCUCUAGGACAGCCUAGGAUGGAAUUCAGAAAUGAAAUUCCGGCUUACAUCAGAGACAACAUGGACGAGUAUCCCGGACUCUACGAUUUUAUGAGCAGACAUUCAAUGCGCACUUUUGAUUUCAAAGAUACGUAUACCUUUAUUCACGAAGCAAUCUCGGCAGAGGGUUUUCCAGUCAUCGUCUUUUCUCUCAAGCUAUUGCAGAAACACGGUGGAGAUCCGGAAGCGUUAACUUAUAGAGUGUUUCAGGUCUACUCUAAAAUCUGGGCUAGUAAACACUAUUUUGUCAUGGAUUGCACAGGUUCCACAGAUCAAAAAGCGGACGAUAAGAAAAUAUUCACUUUCUUCUUUAACCUGAUACCUGAUGAAGCUGCCAGAAAUUGUGUGGGAUUUUACUAUUACAACAUGACAGAAGCUUUUUUGAACUGGUGGCUUCCGAUAUUUCGGGCACAUAACCCAUACUUGGUUCCCUACAAGACACCUCAUCAUUUCAUAAACAGUGACGCUAGUCCUGAAACCGUGAAAAAUUUGCGCUUGACAGAAUAUUCUAAUGAGGUAUACGCAGACGUUAGAGUGACUUUGCAUGAUGUUUCAUUAUAUGAUUCGAAAAAAGGUCGGUUUACCCCAGUGACUCUUAAAAUCGGCAACAAAUAUGCGCAGAUGAUAAGCGACACUCCAAGGCGGCUAAAAAUAAAUGGAAUUGACGACGUGGUUUCGGUCAAAUUCAACAACGUCUACGAAAUUGCGGACCUCGAAUCGACUGUCGUUUCGUUCGAAACAGGAGUAUCUUCUGAAUUCACCAUCAACUUUUUUAAUAGUCCAAAGAUGAUCUUUUGCAGCUCAAAGUAUUUGGAAAUCAUCAAGAUUUUCUACUAUGCACAGGCUCGUAUUGAAGAAGAGUAUGAAGAUGGUUUCGGCAUGAUGGCGCCGAAUAAUGAUACGCAAAACGAUGAGAGCGAAACAAGAGAGAUACUUGGUCAUUUGCUCUUAGUUGUGUACGCAGGAUUUUGCAGCGGCGAUGAAGAUGUCAAAGCGGUUUCCUAUAAUCUCCUGGCAGUAACUCAAGAAGCGUUUGAACUGGACUUUGGAUGUAAGCUUAGAGUAUCACCCGAAGUGCAUGUACCACAUGACAUUUCUGCUUUUUGUUACUCCGUUUUCAAGGUAUUGGCCAAAACGGCUCCUCAGCUAUCGUUCGUGGUAUGGAAAUCAGUUUUGGAAGGUUUGUCGGGAAUAAUAGAGGAUCCUUAUGUUCCCCACGUCAUAACUACCUUGGAGCCCUGGGUUGGCAACCUUUACAAACAUGUUUAUCUCGCGAAUGAUGAGCAGGGUCCCGAGAAUGUUUCCUCUAUUAUUCGAACGCUCAUAAAACUGAGCGUUGCCGACCCGCGAUUAACAAUGAUAUACAAUCAAUGCAUCUGGUCGAGUCUAAUUUUGGAAACGGAUUUGGUUGGAGUUCUCGUGGACGAAAUAAUUAAUCACUCCUUGGAUAGAGAGUCGGAGGGCGCCGAUUGGAAAAAUGGGAUAUCUCUCAUAACAAGGGUGUCAACAGUCGAGGUCUGCAGUGAGAUCAUUCACAGGAUUUUGAAAUUAACAAGGUCCUUUUUGCCCUCUCUGAAGCUCGAGGCCUCGACAAAUAGCUGGUCGGAAUUGAUUAUUCUUGUCAAUGUUUGCGUUGCGCUAUUCUUCGAUUCUCUCCUACUUGCCGAGAUGUUUUUACCUGAGGUCUUGUACAUUGUUUCUUUGUUGAUCGACGUGGGCCCCUCAGAGCUGCGGUCAAGUCUUCACAAACUCCUCAUGAACGUUUCACAGUCGCUCUCUACCAAUGAGACCCUUACAGACGAACAAAGAGCUCGGAUUGAUGACAUUAAUUCUGUAUUUGCUCGACACAAAAUGAAGUUCAUGUUCGGGUUCAGUCAGGACAAAGGGCGUCUGCUACAAAACUUCAGUGCAUCGUCAUUUUUGACCAAGUUUACGACCUUGGAAUGCCUGAUUCAAAAUAUCAUAACGCUUAUUGAAAAUGCAUCCAUAACGGACUCAAGUCAAUGGAAAGCAAAAUUCAGUAAGUACGUGAUGGAUUCAGUGUUCAAUGUCGAUUCCUUUUUAUCGGCUCGCGCGGUGAUGAUUAUUGGUAUAAUGGGACAGGUAGGCAUCUCUGAGUCUCUUUGCAAAAGUUUGCUACGACAAACGAUCAAAGUGAUAGCGGAACCAUACGUCAGCGAUGAGCUGCUAUUCUUCACUAUAUCGCAUGCAUUCACUUACAGUAAGAUUGUUCAAGGUCUCAAGGAAGAUUCGACAUUAUUACGCCAGUUAUUUUGGCUUGCAACGACAUUCACACAGUCUUCUAACACAAUUUUUUACCACGGGGGUAUGCUUUUCAUGGCCAAUGCCGUUAAGCGGAUUUUUUCUUUAAAGGAGAAAGACGGAAGCUCACUGCAAGCGAUAUUGUUUGAGGGCCGAAGUUUUGCCGAAAAAGACUUAAUCGAACUCGAAUCCAUGUCCAAUCUAAGAUGGACAGAGGAAAAUUUUCCCCAUAUCAUUCUCAACAUGAUCAGCAAGGGACUUUUGAUUCCUUAUAUCAAAGUAAAUGCAGUCGAAUGUCUUUCGCUUUUCUUCUCUUUGAGCAAACAAAAACUUAACGAGAAUAAGAGAAAGGACUAUAUGUGCUACUUGUUGUUCCUUUACUUGGUUUUAAGGCCGUCGAAACUAAAAGCUUUGCUGGACGAGGAAGGUUUAAUGGAAAACGUGGUGCAUUUGGACGAUCAAAACUGUGCUCCAUCAGAGCUAUUGGAUUGGUUGGAAUCCGAUUCGAAAAAUUCGCUUGUAGCACUAUAUCAGGCUUCAGUGUAUUUUGCAUCUGGGGUCUCGGACGAGUUAAGCAAGAUCCGAUACCUAUUGCUUGUGAACAAUAUGGCGAAGAAAAAGCCUUUAAAACUUUUCAAGAUAUAUUCUCUGAUCAGAAAUGAAUUGAGGCGAAUCUCGGCACUUGAUGUUCAGUCAGAAUUUCCAAACCUGGUUUUCUCAAUUGCUCAGACGAUGGUAAAACAUGAAGAAUAUUUCGAACACGACGAUAGCCUCGAUGAGACUAUUGCCUAUCUGGAGAAGAGGGGUUUAGGUGGGCUUGCAAUGGUGGAGUUUGAGAGCUCAUCGAUGGAAAUAAUGUCCAAUAUUCGCACCAAUCCUUAUGCUGUUUACGAGGCUAAAAAAUUAACUUUGACUAUCCUGUCCAAAAUGGCAGGUGGCUGUUAA